UUCAACUAAAGAAAUGUGAGCAGAUUAUGUCUUUCUGUGCAGACACAGCGUUGGUUCAUCCCUUGAGUUAAUUACCUGGUAUAUACUUGAAUGAUUCAUGAUUAUCAAAGAAAUAAACAAACAAAGAAGCAUUCUUCUGAAAAUGGCCAUGACUGAGAAUGAGUGAAAAGGCAGCCGAUAUUCAAAGAAAGACUUUGACAGACCUCCAGAAAGCCCAGAGAACUGCUGCUUAAGACCACUUUUGAAAACAUUACAAAAAGAUCAGGCUCCUUGGAAGCAAAAUGCAAAAAAACGAGAGGUGGCUCAAGAUAAAUGCACAGCAGUGUAGAUUAACAAGUAUUCAUCAGUGAUAAUGGCUCAGUGUUGAACAUAUUUCUACUGCUGGGGGAUAGAAGUGUAGUGAUAUGCAAUAUACUGGCUGUCAGGAUAGAGGAGGCUAUUUUGGGUUGGCCACUCAGAGAAGGCAAUAGGAGUCAUUAAAUUUGACUUGAGUUUUCUUGCAGUCAUUUAACGACAGAGACUGAUCACACCAACUGGGUGUUCUGCAGAGAUUAAAAAAGACAAAACUCAAUCAUGGCUGAAGCAUCUAGAAAAUCAAAGAUUUCUGCAUCCCGCAGACUUGCCCUUAAGACCAAGCUGCUGAAAACGGCAACUGUGAUGUUGGAGGAGGAAAAGGAGCAAAAGAAGCUGAAGAGAGAGACGACUUUGAGGGAGAGAGUCCCUCCACUUCAGCUGUCUGGUUUGUCUCUGCAGGACCUUCAGGCUCUGUGCAAAGAACUGCACCAAAAGAUUGAUGUGGUAGACGAAGAACGGUAUGAUACUGAAGUGAAAGUUGCCAAAAACAACAAGGAGAUUGAAAAUCUUUCUCAAAAGGUCUUUGACUUAAAAGGUAAGAUGAAGCGGCCUGCUCUCAAGAGGGUGAAGAUCUCAGCUGAUGCCAUGUUGGGUGCUCUGCUGGGAUCCAAGGUCAAAGAGUCUGUGGACUUUAAGGCAAAUCUGAAGACAGUGAAGAAAGAGGAGGAGAAGAAAGAGGAGGUGACUGAUUGGCGUAAGAAUGUGGAGGCCAUGUCUGGUAUGGAGGGCAGGAAGAAGCUGUUUGAUGCCGGACAAUAGAUUCACAUUUUGGACAGCACUUAAAAUAAAAUCUUAAUGUCAGGAUGCACAA